AUGGGGCCAUCAUGUCAGAAUGAUGACACAGGGCCUUUCACAGAUGUUGUCACCACAAACCUGAAACUCGGCAAUCCUACAGACAGAAAUGUGUGCUUCAAAGUUAAGACCACAGCACCCCGUAGAUACUGCGUAAGGCCGAACAGUGGAAUUAUCGAUGCAGGAACAUCAGUUAAUGUUUCUGUGAUGCUACAGCCUUUUGACUAUGAUCCUAAUGAGAAAAGUAAACACAAGUUUAUGGUUCAGUCUAUGUUUGCUCCAGCUGAUACUUCAGAUAUGGAAGCAGUAUGGAAAGAAGCAAAACCAGAGGAACUCAUGGAUUCGAAACUUAGGUGUGUGUUUGAGCUACCAGCGGAAAAUGAUAAGCCUCAUGAUAUAGAAAUAAAUAAAAUUGUAUCCACAACUGCAACAAAGACAGAUUCUUCUGUAAUGUCUAAAUCAAUAAGUUCCUCUUUGGAUGACAUUGAAGUUAAGAAAGUAAUGGAAGAGUAUAAGAGGCUUCAAGUAGAAGUUCAGAGGUUACGGGAGGAGAAUAAACAGUUUAAGGAAGAAGAUGGACUUCGGAUGAGGAAGGCACCCCAGACAAACAAUCCAAUAUCUGCUUCUGCAGCCGCUGUCAAGGAGGAAGGGCUCAGCUCUAGACUACUUGCUUUGGUGGUUUUGUUCUUUAUCUUCGGUGUAAUUAUAGGAAAAAUAGCCUUGUAGAGGCAGCAUGCUGGGAAUUGUAAAUUGGUUUGAUGGUUCUGCCAUAUCAUUGGAUUAAAUUUAUUCAUAACAAUGUUUAAAAAAAAAAUUAAUGUAUGACAUCUCACAGGUCUUGCCUUUAAAUUACCCCUGCACAAAUAUUAUGUAACAUAAUCUAGAAAGUUUAAAAUGUACAAUGAGUAAAUGAAAGAGAAUAUUCUUCAGUGAUGAACAGGGGGAAAAAAAUCAUGAUUUAACACUACAAUGGAAUAUUGUAUAUGUCAUUUUAAACAUUCUUAGACCCUGGUACAUGUUGCUGGAUUACCUCUUUUUAAAAAAAGAAAAAUAGAAAAAAAGCCUAUUCCUCCACUGCUGGAGCUGGCCCUAUUGGAUGUUUGGAGCUGGGUUAGGCAGGAGGUGUUGAUAACUUCUGUAAAAUAUGUUAAUCCACCAUUCUGCUCAUAAAUUUAACAGUUUCUGUCAGUGUCUUCAACUCUGUGCAAAGUUACCAAUUUCUUGGCACUUAAAUGAAUAGUGAGAAGCUGAAAAGAAUUGUAUGUGGCAAUGCUGAAUGUGCUAGGCAUCAUUAAGAGGCAUAUAUUGACUGGUAUGACGCUCAUUUGGAAUAAAGGUCAAUGCCGCCUUCUCAUAAAGGGACCAAGCUACAUUGCUGUUGGUUCAUUUAGUUGAAUUAAAAUGUUAUUCAGAGAUGUUUAAUGCAUAUUUAACUUAUUUAAUGUAUUUCAUCUCAUGUUUCCUUAUUGUCACAAAAUUGACUAAUACUAUAUGGUAUAAAAAGGCACCUGUUUUAAAGCCAGUGACUAGAACUAAAAAUUUGCUGCUGUAGUGAUGCGAGAUUCUUCUGCCUCCUGGUGUUUUGGGCACUACACAAUUGUUGGAGUUUUGAUCAUCUGAGCAUUGGAGAAACAGUGGUCAGGAAACUGUUUUUGUAUAUAAAUAAGUCUAUCUAGGGGAAAAAAAUAUUAGUAGUAAACUAGUUCUAUGCCAUAAAAAGACCAAUCCUGUUUGACUAUGUAGCAUCAAAAAAAAAAGAAAAGAAAAAAGAAAUUAAAUAAAGCCCCCAAA